AUGCUAUCUAAGUUUCUGAAAAGGAUUGAUAGUUAUGCUGAAGAUAAAGACGAAAUUCAGGAUGAAGGGAAAAUAGAGGAUAUGAAUGAAUCAGAGGAAGUAAACGGUAUUAUGUACAAUGGCGAAGAUGAAAAUGAUAACGAAAGCAAUAAUGAAAUUAACAAUGAUAGUAGAACCUGGCAGAAACAAGAUGGAAACUUAGACGAUUUGAUUACAAGAAGUACUAGCUUUUCGCAUAACAAGAAUGAUUACAUACGCGAUAGUUUCCGCGAAAAAUCAAAACCCCUUACAUCUGCUCGAAGUCGUCGCGGACAAAUGAUGUCAAAACAACGUGUUUCAUCAACAAACGAUAGUGUCUUCUCUGAUUCGUUCGCAUCAAUGGAUUCUAAUUGUAGUACAAGAUUUUGUCGAGACGAAAGUAGUGAAGGAUUUUAUUCUUCCAUUGAUCACGACGGAAAAUGUGAUUCACCUCAUAGCCAUGCCCUUCCUAGUAAUGGCGGAGCUAUUAAAAGAAUUGCAUCUGCUGGUGAAAGAUCUGACCUAUCAUCUUUUAAAGCUAACCGGCAUUCAUUUGCAGCCAGUAGUUUGAAAAAUCGAACAGAUUUAAGAAGAAAAGCGUUAUUAAGAGAGCGUUAUCAUGAAGGUAAUUUCAGUUGCGAUGAUACAGAAUCGCCAAUGGGCUCUUUUGAUAGCGAUUAUGCUGUAGAAUCGCGCGAUGAAGAUGCAACUACAACACAGAAUGUUUUACUACGCAAUAAAAAUGUAGUUGUUUCUCAAAUGUUAGAAGAUGCUACAGGCGUUUUUCAAAAAGUUUCAAUUCGAAGGAAUGAGAGAUUAGAGAAUAUAAAAGAACCAGAAUUUCGUAAAAGUACCGAAAAAUCUGAUGAAGAGGAUAUCGAGACAUACUUUCAAAAAUAUGCGACUCCACAACAACGGCGCCAUUUGCAAUUGACGAGGCAAAAUAGUUUUGAUAGUGAUAAUGGUUGUGGUAUCGAGUCUGAAGAGGUUGAAAUUAAAGGCGAAAUCCUCUUUGGUCUUCGAUACAAUAGAAAGAACAGCACAUUAGAGAUUGAUGUUGAUCGAGCUCGUGAUUUGCCCGUUAUAUCAAAAAAGCACAAAUGCAAUGCUUAUAUCAAAACUUAUUUCGUACCUGAAACGGGCAAAAAUUCUAAAAGAAGAACCACGGUAAAAAAAGGAACUACAAAUCCGCAGUAUAAUGAGACUUUAAAGUAUAAAAUAUCUAGUGACGACGAGAUAUCGAAGAAAAUACUUGUUAUCAGUAUAUGGCAUCAAGAUAAAUACGUUCCCAAAAAACAAUUUCUUGGCGAGAAUUCAAUAGCUUUCAGUCAAAAGCAUCGAGGUCAAGAGAAACUUCUCUUAGCUCUAAGAGCAAAACUUUAUCUUAAGAUUGCCUUGUAUGCAUACAGAUCAGAUAUGAUGUUGUUGCAUUCGAUUUUGCAUUAA